GACCUGGCUCUCGCGCUGAAAGUGACCAUUCGCGGCAGGGAGCGAGGACUGGGCCGUGCUCGUCGCUGGUGUGGUGAGCUCUGCUGCUCUUCUGUGCCCCUGCGCGAAGAGCGCCACGAAAAAGCGCUCCGGCUGCUCAGAUAGCCUUCGAACGCGGAGAGCACCGCUGGGGAACAGCACGCAGCCGCUAGGCCCCCAGACCAGCCGCGGGCCCGCCGAGCGACACGCCAGUCAGUCUAGACAGCGUCGCUCACAGAAAAUCGGCCCCCGAGGUCCCCGAGCUUAGAGGAAGCGCAGCCGCACGGCUUCCGGAGGCCGCCGUUCGCGCUCACAAAAUCAUGGGCCCACGUGCGUCCACAAAGCGCUCGAGGACACCGUCGGAAGACGAGGGCCAGUCCACCGAGGAGGACUCCCCUUCCAGGAUCCCGACCGAGGGCCGCGUCUCCCCGUCGCAUGACGACGUAAAAACGUACAAUGAUGAUGAAAGACCGACGGCCGUCGCGAAAGAAAGCGACGCCGCCCGCGCAACAAGAAGAGAAUACAGACGAUUGAUCGCGGAGCAGGACGGGUUUGAAGAUGUGCCGUCCUGCGGCCGGAGCGACGCCAAGUUCCACCAAGGCUCCGUGAUGGUCGCGGUCGAAGGGAGGGAUGCCUGGCUCAAAUUACUACCAGAAAUGAUGGCCAUCUGCAACGAGGCCGCGCGGCGCCAACACCUGAAGACCAACCCGGAGGCCGUGUGCUUCGACGAGCCUCUCAGUGCCGAUUAUUGCUAUGAACGAGUUGCAUUGGCACCAGAUCCUCUGAAGGGCUUCAUCGUGCGCGAAAAGAAGGGUGCGAAAAGACUACAAGGCUUUGUCCUGUUCCACGAGUUCUGUGGCUUGGCGAAAAGUCUCGUGUUCGAUUCGCGGGAUCCCGCGGCCUUGUUCGGAUCGUAUGGUAGUGAUGGGAGCGUGCAGCGCGUCUUCCACCGGGGCAACGACAUCCGGACACCUUUAGAUCUGGUGAAGGCCACAGAUUUAGUCGCGGAGGCGUCCAACGAGGACGAAGUGGACCGCCAAAAGGACGACGACGGCGACCUGGCGGACACGCUCACGAAGUCGCCGCGCGAGACGCGGGACGCGCCGCGCAAGGACAUGUUCGGCGGCGUCAUCGUCGUCUGGCCCAAGCUGGUGGAGGUCUCGUUAUGUGGCGCUCUCGGGUGUGGUGGUCGGUUGGUACGCGCCGCUCUGGAUCAAGCGAAGCGCGACGGCAUGGAGUGCGUGGUCCUACAGGCCGAACGGCGAGCGAUUGGCUUCUACGAGAAGCUCGGGCUGAAGAGGGUUGGAGCGGUAGCGAGGUUCCGGGACCGGGCCGACGCGCCGCGCUUGGCCUACCGGCAUUGGUGCACGCGGACCGUCGACGAACCGAGCUACAUGAUGGCCAAACAACUAAGUAGAGGAGGCAAGAAACGAGGGAAGGUGUCCAUUGAAUUAGAUGAGGAGGUCUGUCGCGCGCGGGCUUUGGAGCUCGCUCACAUCGCGUACUUGGCCAAUGCCCACGCUCCGGGUGCUGCGGCGGCGUUUCGCGAGUGUCUUCUGUUAGCUGUCGGUUAUGCUGGUAGUGCCGGAUGUGACGACCGAGGCCUGGCUCUAGCGUUGGCCGAUUCGUUGCAAACCUUCAGAGGUUCGAGUGACCAAAAGCCAGAUGCGCGCGAAGCUAGAAAGCGGCUGCGGACGGCGUUUCUCGAGCGGGUCAACGAUUCGGACGACGACUGUAACCCUGGAAAGAAGAAGAAGGGGCGGCGGUCGCCGCGGUUCGGAUCUGAAGAAGCUCUGGAUUUGGCGGAGGCCUUAGAUGGUUAUGCUAUCGCCGAGGUCGGUUCGCGCAUUUAUCAUGUGCGGGUGCGCUGCGACGCGAUCGUGCAGAAGGUCAAAUGUGCGGACGCGAACGGGCUCCUGAAAGUGAAGGUCUCUCGGGCGAAGAUGAUCGGUAGCAGACUGAUGACGGUUCAAGAAAGGAGAGUGCUUGCGCGCAUCCCCGAUCCGGUGAUCCGCAAGCGCGUCUGCCGCGAGGAGUAGGCCGGGGCUAAGAAGGAAGCUAG